AUGGCCAUUGCACACCCCCUCGCUGGGCCGUCUGUGCUACGGGACAUCGUCAACCCUCAGUUUCACCAGAACAACUUCCCCGAAGAGCUCUUCAUCAAGCAAGAACUAGGCAUCAAGCUCGACAAGGAUGAACAAAUAUGCCGCCUCAACCUCUCCCAAACCGGCUGCCCCCUCGGUCCCUCCCUCUGCCCGCUCCGCCACACCAACCCCUCCGCCCAAAACUUCCAGCCCCCCAAACAACUCCCGACCCACCCCCGGGACCGCGAACGUCUCGCGACGGUAUGCAAGCACUGGCUGCGCGGGCUCUGCAAGAAGGGCGAUGCCUGUGAGUUCUUGCAUGAGUAUAACCUGAGGCGGAUGCCCGAGUGUUGGUGGUAUGCGAAGUAUGGGUAUUGUUCGGCGGGCGACGAGUGUCUCUAUGCGCAUCCGAAGGAGAGGAAGGUGGAGUGUCCGGAUUAUAAGAGGGGGUUUUGUAAGCUCGGCCCGAAAUGUCCUCGAAAACAUAUACGAAGAGUAGCCUGCCAACUCUACCUCACCGGUUUCUGUCCCCUAGGUCCCGACUGUCCACGAGGCCAUCCAAAACCAAACAUCCCCCCUCCAAAAGCCUACGACCCCCCCGAACCCCCUUCCCACCGCGAUCUUGGCCCCCCGCCCCCCGGCUACGGCCGCUACGCAGAUUUCGACCGUACCUUCCUUUCUGGUGGAGGCGGUGGAGGCGGUCAAGGUCCUGGGUUCAAUUCGGGUCCGAGGAGGAAUUUGGACGAGGUUUUGUGCUUUAAGUGCGGAGAGAAAGGUCACUAUGCGAACCAUUGUCGGAAUCGGAACGUUCCUGGUAAUCGGGGUGGUGUUGAUAGGUCUGGGGUGAAGCGGUUCGACACGGACGAAGAUUGA